AUGGAGGCCGGCACGCCCGAGGAGGGCGGACUCCUUAGCCCACACUCCGCCACCGCUGCACGCGCCGCGACGGCGUCCUCGCCCUAUCUCCAGUCUCCGUCGUCGACAGCUUCCUUCGCCGACGUGAGCACGGCCUCCGCGUUCAUCCCCGAGACAGUAACGACCACCACCACCACUUCCGGCGCGCCAGUGAUGCUGCACAGCGGGAGCUACAUUCCGGCGACCAACGAGCCAGCAUUGCUGCUCGCGUCUUCGUCGUCGUUGGCGUCGGGCGCGCCCCUCAGCUACGGCCACACCGGCCCUGUGGCGUUCCUGCCCGCUUCCACCCCGGUGGCGAUGGCCAAGCCGGGUGGCAUCCCUCUCGCCGCCCUCGCUUCAUCGCAGUCGGCGGUGGAGCUGGAGCAUCAACCCGCCCUCAAGGAGAAGCGCUCGCUGGGCAAGAAACUCACGCGCCGCUUCCACAAGCUCACCCACCAUCAUCACCACGAAGACCCUCAGCAACAAUAA